UAGCCGUUGCUGGUAUACACGUGCUCGGCUCUUGCGUGUCCAUCCGUUACGACUGAGCGGACCGACAGAAAGUCUCAGUUAACUUCCUGAGUAUCCGGCCUGGAAAGAGACUCUCGGCUACUCGCUCCGAACAUGUAGAGCAGCCCCAGCUUCCCCUUCUCUGGAAGUCGCUGGCCGCCGUCCAGUCAGGAGUAGUAGUACCAAGAUUCUAGUUCUUCUUACGCGACUUGCUAGAGAAGCAAAAAGUUGCUUUUUUCGAGGAAGCCAGGGAGGAAAGACACUAUCCAGUCCGCUGGUCCACCACCUCAGGCGAACGAUGGCCGCAGAGUCCACAGCCACUGCCGCCAUCACCGCGGAGCUGGUUUCCGCCGACAAAAUUGAAGAAGAUGUCCCUGCUCCUUCUACCUCUACAGAUAAAGUGGAGAGUCUGGAUGUGGAUAGUGAAGCUAAGAAACUAUUGGGUUUAGGACAGAAACAUCUGGUGAUGGGGGAUAUUCCAGCAGCUGUCAAUGCCUUCCAGGAAGCAGCUAGUCUUUUAGGUAAGAAGUAUGGAGAGACAGCUAAUGAAUGUGGAGAAGCCUUCUUUUUCUAUGGGAAAUCACUUCUGGAGUUGGCAAGAAUGGAGAAUGGUGUGUUGGGAAAUGCCCUGGAAGGUGUGCAUGUGGAAGAGGAGGAAGGAGAAAAAACAGAAGAAGAAACUCUGGUAGAAAAUAAUGAUAACAUAGAUGAGGAAGCAAGGGAAGAGUUGAGAGAACAGGUUUAUGACGCCAUGGGAGAAAAAGAAGCCAAAAAAACAGAAGACAAGUCUCUGGUAAAGCCUGAAACGGAUAAAGAACAGGAAACUGAUAUGGAGAAGGGUGGAAGAGAAGAUAUGGAUAUAAGUGAGCCUGCAGGGGAACUACAGAAAAAAGUUGAAUCAACUCCAGAUCAGUUAACUGAAACCACUAAAGAGGGAAAAGGAACAGCAGCACCAGAAGGACUGAAUGAAGCUGAAGUCACUUCUAAGAAGCCAGAACAGGAAACACCAGAUGCUGAGGAAGGAAAAUCAGUUUCUGGAACUGACGUCCAAGAAGAGUGCAGAGAAAAAGGAGGUCAGGGAGAAGUAAUUGCGAGCAUAGAGGAGAAGCCAAAAGAAGCUUCAGAAGAGCAACCUGUUGUGACUCUAGAAAAGCAGGGCACUGCAGUGGAGAUAGAAGCAGUCAAGCCAGUGGAUGUGGGUGGGGAUGAGCCAAAGGAGCAGGUAGCUGUCUCUGCAAGUGAGCCAGGAAAGGCUGUUCUUGAGCAGUUGGUAGGGCAAGAAUUGCCUGCUGCUGAAGAGUCACCAGAGGUGACAGCACAGGCUGCAGAGGCCUCAGCUGCAGAAGCUGGAUCAGAAGUCUCUGAGAAGCCUGGGCAGGAGGACCCAGUUCUCCCUAAGGAUGGUGCAGUCAACGGACUAUCAGCUGCAGGGGAUCACACUCCCAGUGAACCGAAGACUGAUGCAGAAGGGUGGACAGAAACAAAAGAUGGCUCAGGACUAGAGGAGAAGGUCAGGGCAGAGUUGGUUCCUAGCCAGGAGGAGACUACGCUGUCUACAGAAGAGUCUGAGGCAGCUGGAGAUGGGGUUGAGACUAAGGUAGCCCAGGGGGCUACUGAGAAAUCCCCUGAAGACAAAGUUAAGAUAGCUGCUAAUGAAGAAACACAAGACAAAGAAGAACAGAUGAAAGAGGGUGAAGAAACCGAGGGCUCAGAAGAGGAGGAUAAAGAAAAUGACAAGGCUGAAGAAACACCAAAUGAUUCAAUUCUUGAAAACAAGUCUCUUCAAGAAAAUGAAGAAGAGGAGAUUGGGAACCUAGAGCUUGCCUGGGAUAUGCUGGAUUUAGCAAAGAUCAUUUUUAAAAGGCAAGACACGAAAGAAGCUCAGCUUUAUGCUGCACAGGCACAUCUUAAACUAGGAGAAGUUAGUGUUGAAUCUGAGAAUUACAUCCAAGCUGUGGAGGAGUUCCAGGCUUGCCUAAACCUGCAGGAGCAGUACCUGGAAGCCCAUGAUCGGCUCCUUGCAGAGACCCACUACCAGCUGGGCUUGGCCUAUGGGUACAACUCUCAGUAUGAUGAAGCAGUGGCACAGUUCAGCAAAUCUAUUGAAGUCAUUGAGAAGAGAAUGGCUGUACUUAAUGAGCAUAUGAAGGAGGCCGAAGGAUCACCUAUUGAAUAUAAGAAAGAAAUUGAGGAGCUGAAGGAGCUGCUACCUGAAAUUAGAGAGAAGAUAGAAGAUGCAAAGGAGUCCCAGCGUAGUGGGAAUGUAGCUGAAUUGGCUCUGAAAGCAACUCUGGUGGAGAGCUCUACUUCAGGUUUCACUCCUAGUGGAGGAGGCUCUUCAGUCUCCAUGAUCGCCUGUAGAAAGCCAGCAGAUGGUGCUUCCUCAUCAAAUUGUGUGACUGAUAUUUCUCACCUUGUCAGAAAGAAGAGAAAACCAGAGGAAGAGAGCCCCCGGAAAGAUGAUGCAAAGAAAGCCAAACAAGAGCCGGAGGUGAAUGGAGGCAGUGGGGAUGCUGUCUCCAGUGGAACUGAAGUUUCGGAAAACAUGGAGGAGGAGGCUGAGAAUCAGGCUGAAAGCCGGGCAGCAGUGGAGGGGACAGUGGAGGCUGGAGCUACAGUUGAAAGCACUGCAUGUUAAGAGAGGGAGCAGAGCCUUCCUCCCAAUGGAAAGUGUUUUUGUAUAUAAUGUAUUUUUUCACUUUUGGGGGAUUCUUUUUGUAUAACUUCAAUAAAGAUUGUAAGCAAA